GCUAGGAGCUGGGCUGGAGGCGGGCCAGUUACUCAACACUGGAGAAACGGGUUUCUCUCCUCCUCGCCUGCCUGCCUGUCCGUCUGCAUAGAACAGAGCAGAGGAGCUGUGUCAUGUGUAAUUUAAUACCAGACGCAGGCUGACUGAGCCUCAUUGCACACAGAGAGCCCCCUCACAGCCUGAGAGGCAGGCAGGAGAGGCAGGCAGGCUAAGCAGGCAGACUUCCAGGGUCCGGCUCAGCCCUCCAUGACAGGACAAAGAGCAGGGGAUGAGGGACCGACCAGAGCCCUAGUGAGGGACCGACCAGAGCCCUACUGAAGGACCGACCAGAGCCCUAGUGGACCCAUCAACGUCUCCCUCUCCCCGUGGCCAGCUGUAGCCAGCCUUCCCUGGCACCAGCAGAAACCCAAGGUCAUCUCUGAUUGCACAAGGCCAUCCCUCUCCCCUUCCCUCCCUCUUGUUCCAGUCUUGCCACUCCCCCAUCUCCCAGUGGUGGCAUUGGAGCUCCCAGGAUGCGGCUGCUCAGCGCUCUGCUGCUCCUCCUGCUCCUCAGGUCCACUGAGCCCAGGAAGGGUGGACGGAACAGAGAAAGGGGCAGGGCCCGGGGUAAAGGCAGGGCCAAUGCUGUCAAACGCCAAACCUCUGAAUGCAAGGAAUACAUGGAGGCCGGAGAGAAAUACCUGGACUGUCAGGACCGCCAGCUGACCGGGGUGCAACAGCACUGGCCUGAAGACAUCCACCACCUCCUGCUGGCCCGCAACAAGAUCCAGGUGCUCAGAGACAACACCUUCUCCCAGUUCAAGAACCUAAAGAGUCUGGAUCUACAACAGAAUGAGCUCUACAUGGUGGAGGAGGAGGCGUUCGCAGGGCUGGGACAGCUCACUACUCUGCUUCUUCAGCACAACCAGAUGAAGACAGCUUCUGAGGAGCACCUGUUGCCCUUGCCAAACCUCCGCUACCUGCGUCUCUAUGACAACCCCUGGGACUGCCGGUGCUCGCUGGAUAGUCUGGUCAGGACCCUGCAGGUGCCCAGCAACCGUAACCUAGGGAACUACGCCAAGUGUUCGGAGCCGGACGCGCUGAGAGGUCAGAAGCUGAAGAAGAUGAGGCCAGAGCUGCUGUGUGCUGAGGAUGGGGAGGGCCAUCUGCCAGGGCAGAAACCUCAGGAGGGGCAGGGUAGUCUGCCCAAACCACCUCCCAUCAAGAAGUACCCUGAUGCCAACUCCUUGUGCCACACCUACAUGUUCCCCAAACCUAUGCUGGACUGCAAGAGCAAAGAACUGAAGAACAUCCCCUCAAGUCUCCCGUCAGACAUUGUGAGGAUGGACUUGUCCAGUAACAACAUCACUCAGCUCCGGCCCAAGGAGUUUGUUGCUGCCAGGGACCUGAAGCUUCUCAACCUCAGCAGUAACAGUCUGGAUCAGAUCGACACAGCUGCGUUUGCGGGCCUCCUGUACCUGCGAGAGCUGGACCUGUCCAACAACAGCCUGCACUACUUCCAGUACGGAGUGUUGGAGGACCUGUACUUCCUCAGGAUGCUGAAUCUGGGGGAUAACCCCUGGGUCUGUGACUACAACAUCCACUACCUGAUCUACUGGCUGAAGCAUCACCCCGGGGUGGCCUACUCUGGCCUAAUCUGCACCGAGCCUCAGGAGUUCAGGGGCUGGCCCGUGGAGAAUUAUGUCAAGACCUACAACGGAGAGUGUCCCAAGGAUAAGGAUCCACAGCUAGGGAAGGGUGAUACAGGACAGGGACAGACGGCUCAGGUGCUAGUGGCCGAGACAGAGGAGGCGGAGAUGGAGCUUCUGCCGAAGCCUCUGAGAGACCCCAGACCAAAGAAAUAUGAGGUCACCAGGUUGACUUAAUAGGACAGAGUUGGAAAUUAGAAGAGAACUGUUGUUGUUGUUUUCUAUUAUCACAGAACAUUCCAAUUCA